AUCGUCGCGUUGCUUAUAGGUUGCUUUGGUGAUUUUGCAAGAUGGCAGAAACUUGGUGCUGCGCAGAAUGUGACGAAAAUUCGUCCGAGAAGAUAGUACACCUUGUUACUUACAUUACACCAUGGGUCGGAAAACGAAACGAAGAACCAAGGAUCUGGACGAGAUCGAUGAGGAUUUGAAGGGGAACGCGAAGAAGCUGUUAAAUCAGGAAGUAGACUUUGAUAAACCCGGAGCGGCCCAACAUUAUUGUAUCCAUUGCGCGAGGUAUUUUAUAAACGAAACUGCUCUGCGUACUCAUUUUACUACCAAGGUACAUAAACGACGAUUGAAGGCACUCGAGUUAGAACCAUAUAGUAUCAAAGAAUCGGAAAGAGCAGCGAGCAAGGGAAAUUAUAUCACACCGCAAAAACGGAAAAUCGAAACUGUAACGCGAGGAACUUUUAAUGAAAAAGAUGCAGAUGCUGCGCCAAAAGCUAAAGCUAUGAAAAUAGAUGAAUAAAAUUGAUUUAUCGUUUAAUUGCUGUAUCUUCAUUAUGAUGUGGAAAAGGAUUUAAAAAGAUCAAAACACAAUGAUUAAUAAUCUGUAUAGAUCCAUGCGCGUUUUACAACGAACAUGUAGAAUUUCAAUGCGCGAUGUUCGUCGAAAGAUAUUCUUUCCGAUAAAUUUAAAGAGAAAUUACAGUUCGGCAUUAUAUAUUUCUGGCAAUAAAGCUUACAAAGCAUUUGCAUUUUUAUCACCGUACCUGGAUUGCGACGAGAGAUUCGCCAAUGUGGACAAACUGCAGAAGGAGUUGGUGUUGCGCGGGAUGAAUGUUGACGUCGCUCAGUUAAAGAAUGCGUGGAAUUUCUAUCUAAAGAUGGUCGCAGAUAGAUGCGCUUUAGAAGACAACAACUCGGAACUCGCGGGUCGCAUAAGACGUCUACGGAAAAGUGCCGAUCAUACUGCUGAGCAGGAGCAAGAAGUACACAAAUUGCGUACACAGCUCAAUAUUAUACGGCAAGAUUUGAAGACGAUAAGAGAAGCAAUAUGGGAUUUGGACGAAGAUGUGAUAGAGAGAAUCUUGAAAUUACCAAACGAGUUGGAUCCGAGAACACCCGUCAAUGAGUCGGUAGUGCUGAAGACCGUCGGGAGCACGCCCAAAUUCGAAGAAAACAGGAGGAGUCACAUUGACAUCGGGACAAGCCUAGACCUGUUGGAAUACAAGAAUCCUAUGUAUUAUUAUUUAUGCAACGACGCGGCCUUGUUCGAGCUCGCUGUGCUGGCGCACGCAGGUCGAAUUUUCAACGAGAACGAUAUGAUUAAAAUAGUUGGCACCGAUUUCAGUCGUAGCCUCGUAGUGGAAGCUUCUGGCUUGAAUCACGAAGACCCUACGGCCACCUUUAUAAUAGAGAAUCAUAAUGAGAUCGAGAGGGGCUCACCGAACCGCAUGCACUUGGUUGGCGGCGCGAGUUUGGUUUCUUUUCUGAUAUUGCAUACGAAGCAGUUGAUAAAUCCCAAUCAUUUCCCACUCAAAUACUUUGCAACUGGCAGACAAUACAUGCCAUUGCCGCGUGAUACGCACGCGUGCGGCUUAUUCACGGCAUGUCAGGCAUCCGUGGCGCACGCUUUUGUCAUGGUGAAGGACGCAAAAAGCGAAGAGUACGAAACUCGAUUCAAUGAACUCUUGGAAAACGUAUGCAGAUUAUACGAUGAUCUGUGCGAUCAUUAUCGCGUCGUUAUGCGAUCCGCAUCCGAGCUACAGCCUUGCGAGGGCUUGCGCGUGUCCUUCGAGAUGUGGUCACCGUUCGCAAAUCAGUAUAUAGAAAUUGGUCACGUGUCUGCGUACGGUAAUUAUGUCAGCAAGAGGUUACUGAUCGCCUAUCAAACGUCAUGUGGUAGGGAUUUUCCCGCUGUGAUAUCCGGUACCGUUCUCUCCUUUCCACGUUUGCUAGCUUGCCUACUCGAACAAAAUCCCGACAAAUUCGUGAUUCCACCAAAGAUAGCCGAUCUUGUGCUUUCGGAUGACUAUAUUGCUACAUAAAUUAAUGCUAUGUAAAUAAGUAAUUAAAGAAAUUUCUUACAUAUAUUACGAUUAAAAUGUUAUAAAAAUAUCAUAUAAAUUAUCCAAGCUAGAGAAGAAAGUUUAAUGUUUUCGUAAAAUAUAUAGGAACGAUCAAUUGACAUUGUAGAAUGCGAGUUGUAAACUAUUUUCAAGUUGUGAUAUGUCCAUAAUAUGUAUUAGCGAAAUAAUAAAUGCUUAAAUACACCUACAUUACUUGGCUUCUGUAUAAAACGUAAGUGUCGACUAUCUGUCAUUGCUAGAUUGCUAUUUUACAAGAUACCGAUCAAUGUAAUGCAAAACUUCGAAAGCGACUUCCACCAUGAUAAGAACGAUAAUCAUCCACUCCAAACGGACGUGAUGACGAUCGCUCAAGUGCGAUGAUAAAAUGCUCACUAGUUCCACACAGUGAUUUAAUCUCUCAUUCAUCACCUGUUUGUAAAAGAUUCAUAUAUAUUACCAAAAACACAAACAUAUUGUAUAGAAAAUAUUUCUAAUAAAGAUCAGAAAUGAUCAUUAAU